AUGCUCAAAUUGAAUGCAUCAAGGACUUUCUUUGAUAUGAUUUGCAAUACAAAUAGUGAAGAAUAUGUUAAUUCAUUUCUUUCUCAGCAGCCAUUGGUUUCAUACUAUGCAAUGGAGAAAGCAGACCCGGAUGACCAUAUACCACGCAGAGCUAAAGAAAGGUACAAUUUUAAAUACGGAUCAUGGGAAUUUGAACCUCUAAAUAUCUCGGCUGAUGAAAAUGAAACAGUUAUUUAUCUAUUGAAAGAAAAAUACGUCUUUAAUGAAGAGGCCGAGGAAAAAUUCCAAAAUUUUUAUAUGGAAAUUGAAAAAAAAGCCAGCAAAAUGAAAUAUUUUGAUGGACUUGACUACGAUGGCCCUGACUCACGCUUCGUUUGCUUUACCAAAAAAAGAUCAGAUUUAAUGAAAUUCUUAACAAGCAAUAAUGGUCAAUUUUUAUUUAUAUUCUUAAGAAUUCUCGGAUUGGACUGA